UUAACAGCGCAAAAAGUCCUGCGUGGUGACGGAUGUCCAAAGUCCAGAAGUUUUUCCGACUCUGCGAUGGGGACGGCUUGAACAAGUUGUUCAUUUUUGUUUUUAAAAAAGUUGUUUCGGAGCAGAGGAUUCGACUAGAACUUAUAUACUUUUUUUUUUUUUUUUUUUUUUUUUUUUUUUUUUGGGAGCCAUCAUGCAGGCGCGCUACUCCGUCUCCAGCCCCAACUCUCUGGGCGUCGUGCCGUACAUCAGCGGCGACCCGGGCUACUACCGCGCCGCAGCCGGUGGGGGUUACACCGGCAUGCCGGCGCCCAUGAACAUGUACACGCACGCGGCGCACGACCAGUACCCAGCCAGCAUGGCCCGGGCGUACGGACCGUACACCCCGCAGCCCCAGCCGAAGGAUAUGGUGAAACCCCCGUAUAGUUACAUCGCGCUCAUCACCAUGGCCAUCCAGAACUCCCCCGACAAGAAGGUGACCCUGAACGGGAUUUACCAGUUCAUCAUGGAGCGGUUCCCCUUCUACCGGGACAACAAGCAAGGCUGGCAGAACAGCAUCCGCCACAACUUGUCCCUCAACGAGUGUUUCGUCAAAGUCCCCCGCGACGACAAGAAGCCCGGCAAGGGCAGCUACUGGACCCUGGACCCGGACUCGUACAACAUGUUCGAGAACGGCAGCUUCCUGCGGAGGCGGCGGCGCUUCAAGAAGAAGGACGUGCUGAAGGAGAAGGAGGAGCGGCUCCAGAAGGACCUGCCGCCCCGGGACCAGGAUCCGUCCGUGCAGCCGGUGAGGAUCCAGGAUAUUAAGACCGAGAACGGCGCCGUGACGCCGCCGCAGGCCGCCAGCUCGCCCUCCUUGAGCGCGGUGCCCAAAAUGGAGAGCCCGGACAGCAGCAGCGUGUCCAGCGGGAGUCCUCACAGCGUCCCGUCCAACAGAUCCAUGGGCAUGGAGGCCCCCGAGCACCAGCACCAGCACCACCAGGGCUUCAGCGUGGACAAUAUCAUGACCUCGCUGCGGGGGUCCCCGCAAGGGGCGACUGAGCUCAGCGCCCAAACCCGGACAGGUAUCGCCCCGUCUUUGUCCCUAAGCUACUCCCCGAACCAGACCUCCGUGUACAGCUCGCCGUGCAGCCAGAGCGCCAUCUCCGCUACCUCCAACGCCACCUACCAUUGCAACAUGCAGGCCAUGAGCCUGUACGCCGGGGACCGGGCCGGCGGCCACCUGGCGGCCCCCAGCACCACCAGCGCCGUGGACGAGACCCUGCCAGACUACUCGGUCACCACCACCGCGUCCUCCCUGAGCCACGGCGGCCUCAACCAGGAGGGCCACCACGCCCCCCACCAGGGCAGGCUGACCUCCUGGUACCUCAACCAGGCCGGGGACUUGGGCCACCUGGGCGCGGCUUACCCGGCGCAGCAGCAGAACUUCCACUCGGUGCGAGAGAUGUUCGAGUCCCAGAGAAUUGGCUUGAAUAAUUCGCCGGUGAACGGGAAUAACAGCUGCCAGAUGUCCUUCCCCCCCAGCCAGUCCAUCUAUCGCACUUCCGGAGCUUUUGUGUACGACUGCAGCAAGUUCUGACGGACUGAAGCCGAGCCGCACAUUCACGGACUGACAGACACACACACAAGGACUCGAACUCGCGCUAUUUCUUAACAACUGUGUUACCACAAAUAACACGUAAGUCUCCCCUUUUCUCCCUCCUCCUGGCUUUAUACACUAUAUUAAACAUGCAUAUAGUAAUUUAUUUCCAAACUGUAGCCGGAUUAUUAUUAUAUGGACCAAACACCAAGAAAAAAAACACUAUUUCUAACCUGACCUUAAAAGUGUUCCAUUAUAAAAGUGACUGAAGGAACAUGUAUAUCGCCCUACUAUCUCAACGAUUCUUCACAAGUAUUUUUUUUUUCUUUACUUUUUUGGAAGGAUUUUGCUUUGUUUGUUUAAUAAAUUGUCAUUUUAUGUGAGCUUAAA